CACAGUGAGUCUGCUACUCUAGUCCUGCAGGCUGACAGAGUAAGAGACCAUGGAAGAGGAGGUGGACACCCACCCGGAGAUGAAGAAUUUUUCUGUGCUGUGGCCUCUCCCCAGGUUUCGCUCCCUUAGUGACGCCUCAGGAUUUCGCUCAAGAGUGCUGUGCAGGCUCCGGGGAGCUCGUUCAGUCGAUGGGUUGGAGAAAUCACCAUCUCUUGCCAGCUGUGACGUGGUGGUGGACAGCGCCACAAACGCCCAGAAUGCCCCUGCAUCCCGGCAGCAACGAGGCAAGCUGUCGUCACUAGGAAAACUUUUCAAACCCUGGAAGUGGAGAAAGAAGAAGACAAGCGACAAGUUCCAGGAUCUUUCCAAAGUUCUAGAGAGAAAAAUCUCCACCAGACAAACGAGGGAGGAGCUCAUCAAGAAAGGAGUUCUUAUCCUUGACCAAGAAGAAACAAUCAGCAGUGAAAAUCAGAAUGGACAUGCCACAUCAAAUGUGACAUCAGAAGAGGUCAAAGUUGACAUUGAGUCUGCAGAAACAGCGUUGGAGGAUCAGGCCACUGGGCCCGUCAGCACAGAGGAAAAAACAGCCAAAUCCACCCAGCCAAAGAAGUCAGGAUCCACGACAAAAACCGCCCCCGCCUCCACCGCCACCUCCACCCUUCGUUCUCGUGCGUCAAAGGACGGUGGAGUAGAAACCGAGGCGACCAAUGCAAGGACCAACCGGAAAUCAAACACUCCCAGCUCUUCCUCCGUACCUCAAAAGGCCCCCGCAGAGACUCUAUGCACGCCCGGGGUAUUAAAAAGCUCGUCCUUUUCCUCAGAAACCAAGCCUGCCUCAUCUAAAGCCUCAGGCAAUAACACAGAGGGAUCUCAGGCUGCCUCUCAACCAGCUGUAGAGCCUAAAUCUGUUCCCAAUGUCUCCACUGCUGGUGAGGAGACACAAAAGGGUGUGGCCUCUGAGCCCAAUGUCCAGUCUCCCCAUAUCAACGGUGCUACAGAGGACACUUCGUUCACUGAGGGAGAGAUGGGCAGCAACUUACAAGGGGAGAAACGGGGGAGAGCAGGAGGGGAGGGAGGAGGAGAAGAAAAGAAGACAGGAGAAACCGAGUCUGCAGUGGAGAACAGCCCCAGGUCUGCAGAGGGCCAGUCAGAAAGGACACAGGGCCUCACUGUGAACGAGAGAGCCGAAGUGACGGUGAUCCCUGACAGGCCGAGAUACAGCACAACUAGCGACUCUGACUCCGAUGGACCAAUCCUGUACCGCGAUGAGGAGGAAGAUGAGGAGGAAGACGAAUACACAACCAGCGCCCUGGCCACCAAGAUCCGCCGACGAGACACCCUGAACAUCAAGCUCGGUAACAGACCCAGCCAGAGAGAGCUGGAGGAGAAAAACAUUCUGCCGCGGAGCUCUGAGACGGAGAGGCAUGAGCUCCGCCAGAUGAUUGGCUCCAAACUAGUCAGGCGUCUGAGCCAAAGACCCAGCACAGAGGAGCUGGAGCAGAGAAACAUCCUCAAGCAAAAGAAUGAAUCUGAGGAGCAAGAAGCCAAGCAAGAGAUUAAAAGGAGGCUCUCGAGAAAGCUGAGUGUGAGGCCUACAGUCGCAGAGCUGGUCGCUCGCAGGAUCCUGCGUUUCAACGAGUACGUGGAGGUAACAGACGCCAAGGAUUAUGACCGGCGGGCAGACAAACCCUGGACCCGGCUUACUCCCUCCGACAAGGCUGCUAUCCGUAAGGAGCUGAAUGAGUUUAAGAGCCGUGAGAUGGAGGUUCAUGAAGACAGCAAACAGUUCACCAGAUUCCAUCGGCCUUAAGUGCUCUCGCUGCCAGAUGGACGUCAGCAGCACAAGCUCCUGGUGCACGGCUCCCUGCAGUACAGCUCACUCUGCUUUGGGAUCCUCUUGCACCCGAUGUUAUGUACUUCUGUCUUUAGUGACGGCUACAGGUGUGUCUUAAGGCCGUGGCUGUCAUGGACACCAGUGAAACAUUUGCACAUAUCUACAGUCAGAAGAAGAGUAGUUUGUAUAGCGCUCUAAUUAGAUUAUUUAUUGUAGAUAGCCAAAACCUGCUAGUAUGUUUGUUUCUGGUUCACUCCAGGAUUUGUCAUGGGAAGUCCUGGGGGGGAUAGGCAUAAUCACCCUCUUAGCAGUGAAUGUGGCCUAACAGUACUAAAUGGUUUGUGUAUUUGCCAAGGUAUGCCUUGUCAUGAAGCUGCCAAAUGGCCAUAUACGGACAUCCUCCCAGAGCAGGAAAUGGCAGUGAUUGGGUGUUUGUGUGCUGAUGUCAGUGCCUAUGUCAUAGAGCAGAGGGAAGGAGAAGGCCUCUCGGAGCUGAAUCUGAAAUACUGCAGUUCAUUUUUAGACAUAUUUAAAGUAUAUUGCCACUAGAGGGCAUUAUAUCAUAAGAGUUAUAGACUGUGAGGAUGGAGAUGUGUAUAUAGAUAAAGAAUAAUCUGCAAGUGUUAUAUUUAUGAAGAUGAAGGGUUGCUCAGCGCCUGAGGCCCUCACAGUGAAGUGCAAUGGAAAUCACUCUAACUCUGGCCAAUUGUAAUCCUUCAGCAGUCCUUCCGAUGAUACACGGUGAUCAUGUAACAUCAUAUUUCUUGUAUUGAGUGCUUCAGUGCACACCUCGGAUCACAAAGUGCUGGACUUGCUGUUUGAUCCACUUUAAGCUUUGACUCCAGUUUUUCAUUUGUGGCUUUUAAUUUGACCUCCGAUGAAAGAGCAGAAAUGCAAUUGAAUGUUGAUCUUCUAUUAAGGGGAUUUCAUAUGGCAGACUCCCUGUGGUGGUAUAUGAAUAGAGCACGGGCGCUCAGAGAUUCAACUCUGAAGCAAACAGUCCUCUAAAAGAAGUACUUUAUUUUCCAUUUCCUCAAACAUGCUUUUGCAUUUAGACUGAAAGCCCAACGAUAGAUACGCAGGAGAUUUGCUCACAAGUGGUCCUUUUUAGAUCUUGUCCUAACAUGCACCUUGAAGCCAGCACAGACGGUGAAAAACACAGUGUUUUCCAUUUUCAAACCAGAUCAUUUGAAGGAAUUGUUUAACUUUGGGAAAUACACUAGAGCUCAAAAAAUGUAUCCAAUUUACAAAACUUAAUAUGCAACUAAUUUAAUCGUUUUAUGAUAUUCAGUCAUAUUUGAAGCAACACUGCCAAGAAAUUGCGAGACAGAUUGUGAUUUAGUUUUUCUGACAAUUUGUAGAUGAAACAGUUGUUAUCAUAUUUCUAGAGAAAAUAAUCAGCAAAUAAACCGUCAGCCAAAAUAAAAGUUGCAGCAAAGAAAGGCGCUUAUUAACUUUCUUGCUUUGUGUUGGAUAAGAAGAUCGAUACCACCAUCGUGUGAUUAGCUUAGUUCAGCUAACUUCACACUGGGAGCAAGGGGAAUGGUAAAGGUGAUGGUAGAUGGUAGAUUUUUCAUAUCACACAGUAUGUGAGAAGUAUGAAUCUUCUCAUCUAACUCUAACCAAUUUGAAUAAUAGCUUUUCCCGAAAUGUUAAACUAUUCCUUUUAUCGCACAUUUAAAGUUAAACUAAAAUAUCUAAGCAGGACCUGGAGAGAUUUGUAAACAGCUCAAUGUAUUUCUUAAUGGGAUUUCAUUUUGCAAAAGUUCAAGACUCACUUACAUCUAAAUUGAUAUUUAUUGUGAGCUGUUUAAAGAUAAACUUUAAAGCUGUUUAUGCUUAUUAGCAACUAGGCUUAGGUGGUUGUGGUCAUUGGUUCACUGUUCCCCUUCAGUGCAAUUAAAGAUUUUCUGCUUAAGGUGUGUGUUAGCGCAAAAUGCAAAGGCGGUCAAUUAAUAAUGAUUUUUUUUGUGUUUGAAAGACACUGAGCUCACCGUGUAGAAACACAGGGGAUCUUAACUUAGAACUUGCUCUCAGAUGUAUUUUAAGGACUAAUCCGAGAAGCAUUGACAGAAAAACAAAACACGAGUGAUUUUCUUCCCAGCCCAUUCGAACUGUCAAGAAGAUGUUUGAUGAAAAGUGAUUGGCAGAUUGAGCUUUCUGACGUCCAAAGACGUGUGUUCUCACAAUAGACCACAGAUUUCAACAUGACACGUCAUUCUCCCAAAUAGUAGCUGAAAAGGACACAUUUCUCCUUUGUGCUUCUGAAUGUGUGCGGAGGUUGUCUCAUGAAAUGAUGUACAGUGAUGGAAAACAACCAACAGUAUUCCUUCAUGUCAUUGUCUAUGUUGUUAUGUAUAUUGAUUAUUUUGUACAUAAUGUAUAUCGAGCAUGUGCAUACAUUUAAAUCACUUUUACUACCAGUAUGAUAGAACAUGUUUUAAGCUCUGAUUUCAGUGGUCUUUUUUAAAUGAUCCCCAGACAAUAAUAAUGAAAUCAACAGUUCCCUUCAAACUGAGAACAGUAUAUAAAAUAAAUGUCCUGUUUCCUAAAUAGAUCAUGGACAAGAUCAUCUCUCACUGCUUAUUUCCUAUUCUGUUCCACCUUCACUUCAACUUUAGUCAGCAGGUGCAGUGCAGUAGGUUUUAAUAGAUGGAGACUCAGUUGAAAAGCAAUUUAUUAUCCGUUCCGGACUUCAAGUUAGAUUUAUUUCUUCCGAUAACCUCAGGUCACCUUGCACAAACUAGGAUAUGACUUGAGAAUUUAUACAACAUUGGCUUGGGCACAGUACAUUUUAAAAGUGUGAUUGGCUGCACAUACUGUGAAAUUAGCUUCUUUAUGUACCGUGUACUAAUGCUGAGUCCUAACAGCAAAGGCGCGGGUUCGACUCCUGCUGCAUAUGGUCCCCUCCAAAUCUCCCAUAUCUCAUUAUCUAUGCUCUAUAAUAAAGGAAACAGCGUCCAGAAACAUAUCUUAAGAAAAAUAUAUCUGCCUUUUCUGUAUAAAGGUGAACAUAAUUCAGCAAAUACUGUAAAAUAAAAUAAUGUUUCACAUACAAAAUGAAAAGUCUUACUUGUGGUGGAAAGCUUCGAUUGAGUCAUGGCUGAGUAAACAUGAUUAUGCUGCUUGCAUCUGGUGUUAUCUAUUUUAAUACGCAGGUAACUUUUUAAUACAGGGGAGUCUGGUCUGUCACCAUAUCUAUAAUCAAGUUUGUUUCGUUUCUGUUUACUGAUGCAAACAUCCAGUAUAGAAUUAGGUAUUGCAUAUAGUCGAAGCCGUUGAGUGUGGACGAGCAUUGACAGAUGUUUAAACCAGUCAGUAUUAAUCACAAGGAGCAGGUCCUGUAAAAUGUUUAUGACUGCAGUCUGUUUUAUCUCAUCCUAAAUUAAGCUGUAAGAUAAAUACAAUUAACCUUAUUGAGACCAAAGUUUUAACACACCACACAACCCUUGGUUUGUUGAUAAUGUGGAAUAUGUGAAAUUACAGUAGCAAACAAACAAUUCCUGCUAUUCGAUUUUAUUUUUUUAAAUCCUCUAAAAUUCCUGUUGAGGCGGCUUAAACAUUCACAGACAUUAACACACUUGCUUUUCCAGGGUGCUGCUGUUAAUUUGCAGUACCGUAAACUACCACCAGUUCAUGGAAACGUUUACAUUGAGGACUUCUGCUCUUGUGAUGGUGCUUGACGCUUCUUAUAUCACAUUCAAAAAUCAAAUCAGAGAGCCAUAAUCUGACUGCCAAAAGCCCUUAAUCCUCAACAUGUUAUUUUAUCUUCAUUAUGUCCGAUUCACAGGAAGGUGUAGUGAUUUCUGGAGAGUCAAAAGUGUCAGUCACAAUGUAAAGCUUCCAAUUUGAAAAACAGUCAUUGUAAUGCAUUGAUUUUUAUUUUUAGGAUCUUUGAAGUCAAAGGAUGAUGUCGUAUAUCUCCCAAACAGCUAUUGUUAUGUCCAGACUGUGUAUAUUGUUUUUGUAUAUAAAGAAUCAUUGAAAACUA